GCUUCAAUACACUAGUUGUUCGUACCAAAGAAAUCGCCAGAAGCAAGAGUGGCAAGGCUGAGAAAUUGCCCGGAAGGCUAUUAUUACAUAUUCUUCUUCUUCUUCUUAUUGCAUCAGCGACCCAAUACCCUCCGUUCUGUCCAUCUACAAUUUUCUCUUCCCGAUAAUUCAACCAUCGUAAGGCCUACGAUCAGUCAAAAUGUCGCGACAUCAUCCAGAUCUCGUUAUGUGCCGUAAGCAAUCCGGCAUCGCCAUCGGCCGCCUCUGCGACAAGUGCGAUGGCAAAUGUCCUGUAUGCGAUUCUUACGUCCGCCCAACAACUCUCGUGCGUAUUUGUGACGAAUGUAGUUUCGGCAACUACCAAAAUAAGUGCGUCGUGUGCGGCGGCGAGGGCAUAUCGGACGCGUUCUACUGCUUCGAAUGUACGCGACUAGAGAAAGAUAGAGACGGCUGCCCCAAGAUUAUAAAUUUAGGCAGUUCACGUACAGAUCUAUUUUACCAAAAGAAAACAAAUCGGACAGGGUACUAGCCUCCAUGAUGCCCGGGUCUGGGCUAUGGUUCUUCGUGCCUCGAAAAUUCGGAAUUAUUAGCGUAUCUGACAGGUCAAAAUCACUAAUGUACACAUACCUAACGUAGGAAAAGGAGUUACACUUCGGAUCAGCAUUCAGGGGUGGCGUUUAGAGGUUAUGACAGUCUUCACAUAGAUGAAAUUGACAUUUAACUACCUACCUAC